AUGCAUUCAACUGCAUUAAUUACUGCAGUAUGUUUUGUCAUUUGUUCGUGUCUUCUUCCAACCAUCUAUGCCAGGAAAAUCAAUCGAUCUGUUAAAAACGAGGACGACUGUUCGUUAUGGGUUGCCGAAAAAGACGAGCCUAAAAUGCCCAUACCAUUCACGAGCAACGGCAAGCGGUACGAGAUCAUCUAUCCGAACGCCAAGGGCCGGCUGGACGUGAAGUACGGCCGCAGUUUCAAGCUGUCGUGUGCCACCGCCAAGUUCGCGUCAAGCGAGCUGCAGAAGAACGGCUCCGAUGCGUUGGUCACGUGCGUAGGCGGCGACGUGCUCGCGUACCGUGGCCAGACGUACAGGUACGAGGACUUCCAGUGCGACGGCAUGCCCAAGUCGGAGCUCCAAGUCACCGACGACCGGUGCCAGCCGGCCAACUACACGGUGGCCGUGGUCGGUUUCCAGACGGACCGCGCGUUCCUCCGGCUGUACGGCUUGUGCUUCGACAAGUCGACCAAGAACAGCUUGUACACUUGGUACGACGCCAGGCAGCCGUACUACGACAACCACCAGAAGUACAGCAAGCGACCGGCGUUCAUCAAGUCCAAAGAGCUGUACGGCAACACGGACGUGAACAGGAAAUACACUUUCAAAGAACAGAAAAAAACGGUGGCGAAAAUACUCAGAUCGGACGAACUUGCGGAUAAGUACAUAAGGAAUGAUAACCAACACUCACUGUCCCGGGGCCAUUAUGCAGCCAAAGCUGACUUCUUCUUUGAUUACGAACAGAUGUCAACGUUUUACUAUGCGAACGUAGCCCCGCAGUGGCAAAUAUUCAACGGUGAUAUGUGGGCCGAUCUGGAGCAGUCGACCCGGUCAAAGUUAAGCAAGGAAAACAACAAUUCCACACAUGUGAUCGUCACCGGCACGUACGACACGUGCACGCUGGCCGACGUGGACGACGUCCAACAACCACUGUACCUUGACCUGCCUGGUGCCAUACGCGUGCCGCUGUUCUAUUGGAAGCUGUACUACGAUGUGGACGCGGCGGACGGCAUCGUGUACAUCGGUCUCAACAACCCGUACAAGGAGAUCGACGACAGCGUGUACAUAUGUCCUAACAUAUGCCCAGACGGUUACCACGGUCGCGGUUACCAGGGCCGCGAUCACCAAAAUAAUAAGGCAGAGACCGGACCCGGCCGUGGUCACCGGAACGAUCCCGAACCGGACGCCAACGACGGGCUCAUCUACUGCUGUACCAAAAAGUCGUUCGAAAAGGUUUACGGCGAGCUGGACCCAAUCGUGUACAGACAGCUGAUGUGA